AUGGCCCCACCCGAGCCAAUCAAGCCCCGCACAGGCAAGCGAGACCACACUGAAUUUCACUCGAAAAUCGGCCGCGGUUUCUCCUCUGACCAUCGAUCAAAACCGCCCACCGUCGACCACCCCUUCAAGAUGUCUAACGUCAAGACCGGCAACAAGCGCUCGGCUAUCGCCGAUGUGGUGUCUCGCGAGUACACCAUCAACCUGCACAAGCGAUGCCACGGCGUCAGCUUCAAGAAGCGUGCUCCUCGUGCCAUCAAGGAGAUCCGCGCCUUCGCUGAGCAGGCUAUGGGUACCAAGGAUGUCCGCGUCGACCCCCAGCUGAACAAGAAGGUCUGGGAAGCCGGUAUCAAGGGUGUCCCCUUCCGUCUCCGUGUCCGCAUCUCCCGCAAGCGUAACGAUGAGGAGAACGCCAAGGAGCGCCUCUACUCCCUCGUCCAGGCCGUCAACGUCAAGGACCCCAAGGGCCUCCACACCACCACCGUCGAUGACGCUUAA